AUGGAACCCACCAAGGAGGUUAUGGAGACCACAGCCGUGGACCUGGGCGCCCUUCUGGACGCAGGGGACGGCGCAGUCGUCACACUGGUGGCGGGCGGCACCCGUCUCGUGGCGCACAGGGCCGUGUUGGCCGAACGGAGUCCCGUGUUUGGCGGCAUGUUUCGCCACGACACACUGGAAGCCAACACCGGCGAGGUCGCAGUCCCGGACGUGGAGGGUCCGGUGCUCCGCCAGCUGGUCGCCUACCUCUACACCCUCCAGGCCCCUCAGCUGCAUAGCCUGGCCCCCCAGCUGCUGGCAGCAGCUGAUAAAUACGGCGUGUCGGCUCUGAAGGCUCGGUGUGAGCAGCUCGUGGCCGCUCAGCUGUCUGUUGAGACUGCGGCGGCCACAGCUGUUCUGGCGAUCAGGCACUCCUGCACCAGCCUCAGGCAGGCCGCCGUUAACUUCAUCAAGGCCAACGUCGCACAGGUUAUGAUCACGCAGGGCUGGUCUGAUGCAGUGCACACUCAUCCUGAAGAUGUGGUCACACUGGGUCACCUGCUCGCGAGUCCUCCAGCAGAAGCCUGCGCGCCGGCCUCUACGGACGGCAGUCCGCGCCCCGGCAGUGGGCCGCAGGGAGACCGUGGCCACACCCCUGCCACUGCUGCGCCGCCCACGGCCAGCCGCACCGCUCCUCCGCCAGAUGACUCUGCCGUCUCUCGCCUGCGGAGCCUUCCUGAAAAGGAGAAGAACAGCAGGCUGGUUCAGGCAGCGAAGGAGGAUGCAGUCACCGAGCUGCAGACGCUGCUGGCAGCUGGUGCGGACGUGGGGGCGAGGGAGGAGAGCGAGGACAGGUGGACCACCCUCCACUGGGCAGCAAACAAGGGACACGUGAAGGCAGCGAGGUGCCUGGUGGAGGGUGGAGCAGACGUGGACGCCAGGUGCAGCAGCUGGCAGGAGACACCCCUGCACAGGGCUACAUUCAAUGGCCACAAGGCUGUGGCGCAGCUGCUGCUGGAAGCAGGGGCGGAGGCUGAUGCCAGGAACAAAACGCAGAGCACACCCCUGCUCCUGGCUGCAGAGAAAGGACAUGUUGGUGUGGUGCGGCUCCUUCUGGCGGCCACUCCUUACCACAACGCCAGGAAUCAGUGGGGGCGAACGCCGCUGCACAAUGCGGCUCUGCACGGGCACGCAGAGGUGGCAUCUGCACUGCUCGACGCUGGGGCCGACCGCUGGGCUAGGAAUAAUGACGGGAAAACCCCACUGGACCUAGCCAGGCAAAACAACCACCAGCAGCUGAUAGACAUGCUAAGGUGUAGCUAG